CGGCAAGAUGGUGUUUCGCUUUACGGAUGAUUACGACAAAGAACUCAUGAAAGAGGCGAUCGCCCAAAAGCCAUUUGCAGCCAAGUACGGGGAGGCCGCUCGAGUAUGGGCUAGCGUUGCGGAGCAUGUUUCAUCCACCAUCAAGGAACGGGUCUUAGAGAAGCAAGUUCGGGAUCGUGUGGGCUUGCUUAAAAAGAAUUGGCAUGCCGGUGAACUACGGUCUUCGUUAGGAAGCGGAAUCGAGGAAACACUUGAAGCCGUCAACAAGCAGAGCCACUACGAAACAUUGGCUGGGUUGGUGGGGCAGUAUGUACAGCUCGAGAACGCUGGCAAAGAUGAUAAAAUGGAUCGCAUCAACAAGAAGAAGGCUGACGAGGCUAGCGCGACGCGCUGUGCGUCUGAAAUUGUAAAUGAGGCGCUGGUGCGUCGUGCUCUUCGUCAAGAUGACAUCGAUUCUGACGGCGAUUCCUCCGCGAGCGACGACACUAACUACGCUUCUUCUUCCAAGUCAACUCCGUCGAAAGCCCACGGUAAGCGCAAGAGUGCAUUUCAACUGGAAGCUGAGCGUCAAGAUAAGCGGAUAUGCGAUGAUAUGGAGCUUCGCCGUCGUCAAGUUGAUCGGCAGAUGCAGGCACAGCUCCAACAACACCAGGAUAGCAUCAAUUUAGAGCGUGAGAUGCAUGGGCACUCAGUGCAAAUGGAACGUACAAGAGCCCUGGUGCAAUCUCAAGCAGAAAAAACGGAUGCAAAGGGCUCAACAUGAGUCUGAGGAGCGCAACCGACAACUCAUAUUGGAAUGUGUAAAAUUACUGAGCGUUUUGUACCGCAAGGACUAGCUCCGUAUCAAUGAGAGGAGGCAAGUAGAC